UCUUGUCUCUUUAAAUAAAUUACAAAAAAUAAGUCUUUGUACAGGACUAUAGAUAGCAUCCACUAUCCAUUAGUCUGUGACUCUUUGACUAUAAGUCUAGAGUAGCUUCAAAUGAAAUAUUGAUUAUUAAAAUGGAUAUAAAUGAUGUUAAAAAUGCCUUAGAAGGCUUAAAUUCCUCAUCCUCUAAAAGAAUUCAAGAUAGUCUUUUACAUAUAAAAUCUAAUAUUAUUGUAAAUGAUAAAGGUAUUAAAAUAUUUCGAGAUUGUGAUGGUUUAAAUUACUUAUUGCCCCAUUUGCGUAAGCCCAAUGAAAGGAUUCUUGAUUUAACAUUAAGUAUAUUAGGGAAUUUGUGUUUGGAGGAAAAAAGCAACAUAUUGAUUGGGCAAUUAAAUAGUUAUGGGUCACUGGUAACAAUAUUAAACACGGUGUGUCGGGAUAGUAUACUCGGGAGGACAUCUCGCGUAAUUGGUAAUUUAGCACAAAACCAAAGCAAUGCUGAGAAUUUACAUAGCCAUGGGGCUGUUAAGGCGUUAGUUGACCUUAUCGAAAAUAGAGAUAAGACCACAUCAUAUGCUACACUCUCGAUGGCUGUGAGAGCCAUUCGGCAACUAUGGAUGGUAAAAGAUAAGAGAAAUGAAAUGUUAAGCUUAAAUGCUGUGCGUUGUAUAUCAGCACUGCUGUCUACUGAAUGCGAAAAAAAAGGCAUAAUAAAAUCGGUGCACCGAGAGAAAGAAGAGCCUAAGAAAAGUCAGGAAGAACUUAUAAACGCUAUACUGAAAUGCAUGGGACAUUUUACUACAUACUCAGUUGUCGACUGUGCGGAACAGAUUAAAGGCUAUGGAAAAGGAUAUCAUAGUUUGGUGGCGUUAACUAAAACACACGAGCCUAUAGCUCUUAAAUGUCUAUUCAAUUUAUGCUAUAUAACGAAAAGCCGACUUCUAUUAGGUCAAGCUGGUCUAAUUGAAUGCCUAGUGGAGUUGCUUCAAAAACGUUCAGGUGUUUCGUGUUGGCCGGAAGGUGCGACGAAAGCUCUCUCACAACUGAGCAGAGAAUCCGUGAAUCGAUUACAUUUGCGUAACUGUGGGGGAUUAUCGUUACUCGUUGCCGCCGCUCGGGACGACUCAUAUGCUUUGCACGCACUCCUUCAAUACGUUUUUGAUGAUGAAUCUUUCCAAAUGCUUAUUCGAACAGGUCUCGUCGGUCUACUCACUGACAAACUUAAAGAUUAUAUUACUACAAUGGAAUAUGAUCAUAACAUCGAGAUUGUCAAGUCCGGAAGUUCUAGUGUACCAAUCAAACGAAAAGAUAUACCAGAAAAUGAACCAGGCUCAGUAUAUGAUAUAGUCCUCCAAAAUUUAACCGAAAACAAUGUCGGAUCAGGUUUAUUUACGAGACGUAAAAGUAUUUUGUUAUCAGAAACUACAGACGACCUGAAGGUUGUAAUUGAAAGGGAUAGUUUGUUUGUUGGAUUCGUGGAUGCAAUUGAUAGCGAUGCCUCUGCGCCGAGUGAAAGUGAAGAUAAUGAACCACCAACGCCUUCGCCACCUUCGCCGCCCCGCCGAAAAGGAGUUAAAAGAGCGCGGUCAAAAAGCCCAAAUUUGAUUCAGAAGAAAUCCCAUAUAAUAAAAAUGGCUCAUAAGGAUUGGACAGCAGGUGUUUACUGGGAACCAAUGACCUCUGACUGGCCAUCCCCUUGUCGAUCAUCUACAGAAACAUGUACUACUCAAGAUAAAGGACCUACGUCCCCUGCAUCAGAUAUGAAUUUUUCGGACUUUAGUCCAGAACACAAGGGAUCUUCGAGCAGACGCAAUCGUUGGGAUUUGAGUCCAGACUCAGGAACAAGUGCUGGCGAAGGAGGAUCAACUUCUCCGAAUCGUUCGGAUUAUCAGUGGAGUCCUAACAGUUCCGGCCCUUCAUCUCCAUACAGCACGAAUGAUGAAAGUUCGGAUUCGGAGAUAUCUGGACGUUAUUCACCAGUUUGCAGUGACACGAAUAGUGAUUCAGAAGAUGAAGAAAAAAAAAUAUCGGCAAAAGCUGAUAGCGAUCUAAAAGCUGCGCAAGUUGCUCAAGAUUUAGAUGAACUGGUCAUGGACGAUCAAAGUGAUCACGAGGACUCUCCCUCCGACGAUGUAAGCAAAAUAGAUAUAAACUCAAAAACAUCAAUCAUAGCUUGCGUCAUGGUGUUACUUUUCCGUGUCGCCCAAGGAUCGUGUAGAACUUGCAGCACAGUCCGCGAUGAAGCAGUACAUAAUCGGACCAUGAUUUCACUUACUGGUCGGGAAUGCCUUAACGGACUCCUUGAUUAUGUGGAGAGGUGUGAUCGUCCCAUAGGCAGAGCUGCAAGGAUACUCGCUAGAGUGCUCAGUAAUCAUCUCUGCUUAAUAAGCAUAUUAAGGCACAGGGUAGUCUUAAGGCUACACUACAUGACUCUGAAUUCCAAACACCCACCUAACCUAUGCGCUCAGUGCAAACAAAUCAUAAGGCUGAGCUCAAGACUAUUGUCUCAAUUGUCAGUUUUAGCUGAAUCUAGCUAUGGUAUCGGAAAAAUAUGUUAUCACUUAUUGAAAGGUAGUUCAUCAAUGAAGCAAACACUUUCUUUGACUUUACCUUAUAUUGUCAGGACUGAAAAAGUUUUGAAGAAAUUUCUAAUAGAUUGCAACGGUUUGAAUUUCUUGCUUAAAACUAUUGCGGAUUCCAAAGAAGAUAUUCAAGUCUGUGUUACCGCUUUAGUGAAGCUUGCAAACAAUAUUCAUAUUAAAGAUCCCAAACUUUUGGAAAACAGAUUCAAAAGUAAAAUUCAGGUGAAAUACAAUCCAAAUCUAGAUAAUUUACCACCUGAAGAUGUAGUAAUUUUUCUAUUAGACGACGCAACUACAGUGAGGGCAAACAAAUUAUUUUUAUGUCAACAUUCUGAUGUGUUCAGUGCUAUGUUAAUGGGACAGUUCAGAGAGUCUGGAGAGAAGUUCGUACGUUUGAAAAAUGUGUCAAAAUCAGCAUUGGAAUAUUUAAUAACACUUCUUCAAUGUGGAUUGAACAAUCCUAAAUGUGAUAUUGAAGAAUUUCCAUUAGCUGAAAACCUGGAAACUAAUUUAGAAGUAUUGCUUUUGACUGACAGAUUCUUAUUUGAAAAAUUAAAACAGCUGUUAAGUAGUGCAAUAGUACAAUUUAAAUUAGCACCAGACACAGCAGAUAUAAUCUAUAUUUGGUCUUUAAGUGAAGGUAUGGGCUUUUUGUGUGUUGAAGCCGUAGCAUAUUUAUUAACAGGCCAAAUGGCCGAGGAAGAUCGAUUGAAAUCAUUUAAAAAUAUUCUUAAUCUUCAAUUUAAAGAUCAAUGGUUGGAAGAUAUCAAGUCAAUGAUAGUAAGACAACUGGUAAAAUAAAUCUCGGUAAAACAGUGUACUUGAGGAGAGAAUAAAAUGAUGAGUAAUGUAUUUACAUGGGAAUGAAAAAGAAGGAACCACCUAUGUAUGUACAUAAAUUAUUAUUGGUGUACAUGUAUUCCUAUAUUAUAUAUUGAAUAAAUAUAAAAUAUAUUCUCUGAUUGUGUCUUUAUAAAGAUUAUUGAAUUUCUUAUCAUCCAAUUAAUAAAGUACUUAUUUAAAUAAGUGUGCAAUAAACAUUUUAAAAUCAUAAUUAUGAAACUGUUUUUUCAAAAAUCUCAGUGUAAUAUGUGUCUCGAUGUUAUAGUGUAUGAUUUAAAUGUGUUUAUAUAAUAUAUUAGUGAGGGGUGCCUUCACAUAUGCAAACUUAUAUACAAAAAGUUAAUUUAAAAACUCAGAAAAUGUAUUCUUUUAAAGGUGUAAGAGUGGUAUUCAUACAGAUGAUAUUUAAUAUUUUUGUGAUAAAACAUACAGUCUGUAAUUUUGCUUUGUAUAUAAUAUGUACUGAUAUAAAUUAAUUAUCUAUGAUCUCGAUGUAUUGGAACCCAACACUAUUCUAUACAACUUGUUUAUCAAUGGAAAUAAAUGGGGUAAUAAAAAUAAUAAAUGUGUUACUGUAUUCUCUGUAUUAAAUGAAGCAUAAUCAAAUAAAAUUAAAGUGCAACACUUA